CGGAUAACCGCACUCUCUGAUCUACGGUGUUUUGGUAUCUUGGGAGUAGGGGUGGGGGUGGAUGAAGGUGACCUUGGGAGUGCUGCUAACUUUAGGGGAUUAUAUCGAGUAUGCCAUCGUUUAUUUCGACUCACAGCUCAUUACUGCCAGCCAGACAUGGUCUUAAGUAGAAUCAAAUGGCUACAAAGACUCCUUACUGAAAAACUUUUUUUUUUUUAUUGCCGUAUAGGCAGACGAGCAUGCGGCCCACCUGAUGGAGAGUGGUUACCGUCGCUCAUGGACGUCAGCAAUGCCAGGGGCAGAGCCAAGCCGCUGCCUACCGUUUAAACUACACUAGAUUAAAUGUAAAGACGAAUAUCAUGUAACAAUGAUGCAUUAUAUAAAAUGGAGAGACUUAGAAACAAUUUCUAGAGAAAUAUAACUGUUUAAAAAAACAUACUUAAAAAAAAACCUUAAAUUAUCCAAAAUUAAAUGUCCAUUUAUUACACUUCUUCAAACAUUGUUAUAAUAUAAGGUUUUUGUAAAUUGUCAGUACCUAAUAUACUUUUUCAAGCAUUCCUAUAAUAGGCGGAGAUAUUUCUCGUAAAUUGCUAGUGAUAAUUAUAGUCACAUUAAGAUGUAAAAUUGACGUUCCAAAUGUUGUGCUAUAUGUAUUUAUUGGUAUUGUAUUAUCUUUUGGAUCACUGGUGAACGAAGGCCUUUCCACCGUCUUUAGAUAAUUACUAUUUAUUCCUUCGAACCGAGGUGGCACCCAGAGAUAAUUCACUUAAUAUUUAAGGGGGCACCUGACAUGCUUAUAGACAGGAAGGUUAUUAUUAACUCUAGGAUUCAAAAUGUGCUCUACCACAACUAUAAUACGUUUUGUUUUAAUACUGCAAUAGAUAAAAACAAAGGUUACAAUUUGACUAGAUAGUUUAAAUGUUUUAAUUUUAUUGUACAAUAUCGUUCAAUUAGCCGUGACUCGGUUUUAUCAACGAUAUAAGCGGGUGAAUAAAACUGAACAAGGUUCAUUGUUUUGCUUGUUGUGAAAGAACGAACGUUUCAAAUGUGUCGAUACACAAAUAGUUCCUGUUUGUCACCAACCGUCGGUGCAGUCCCAGAAUUGUUUUCUUCCGCCCUGCAGUUUUUUGCUGCAGCGCAGUGUUUGUUAACAGAAGACUGGCCUCCAGACGCCAUUGUAUCUGAUAAAUCGAGAUUCGAUUUCAUAAUAGUAGGGGCUGGAACCUGUGGAUCUAUUGUAGCCAAUCGAUUAAGCGAGAUAAAAAACUGGAAUAUUUUAUUAUUAGAAGCUGGUGGCUUACCUCCCGUGGAAAGUAAUAUCAUAGCACUAGAUCAACAACUUAUAGGGUCAAAAUACGAUUGGAAUUAUAUAACUGAGAAUGAUAGAAGAUCAAGCCAAGGUUUCGUUAAUGGUACGGUGAUUUGGCCAAGAGGAAAAAUGCUUGGUGGCAGCGGUGGUAUCAACGGAAUGAUUUACUUUAAAGGACACGAUUUUGAUUUCCAACGAUGGUACGACGCUGGGAACAAAGAAUGGCAUCCAAAAAUAGUGAGAUAUUUUUAUAAGAAACUCGAAAGUUUACAGGAUGCUUCCCAGUUGCGGAAUCCAUUUAUUAGGAGAAACUAUGGCCUCAACGGCAACCUUAUCAUAAAUAGUCUGAACAGUACAAACGAGCAUUUAAUAGAAAGCGUCAUAAAUUCCUUUGACGAAAUCAGCUUCCGACGAAAUUGCGAUAUAAGUGCUCUAAAUGCGUUCGGGUCAGGAAAAUUUAAAAUUAACGGAAGUAAUGGUAGACGAGUAAGCACAGCUAAAGCGUAUUUAAACACGAUACAGAAACGAAAGAAUUUAAAAAUUAUAACAAAUGCUUUUGUUACUAAAAUCUUAAUAGAUUCUGUGACUAAAACUGUUGAAGGAGUAGAAGUAGAAGUACAAGGACAAAAGAAGACAUUUUACGCAAAUUUAGAAGUGAUUUUGAGUGCAGGAACAAUUAAUACACCUCAAAUAUUGAUGAUAUCAGGAAUAGGUCCCGAAGAUCAACUGAGUUCAAAAGGAAUUUCAUGCAAAGUAGAUUCUCCGAUGGUUGGGAAGAAUCUUCAGGAUCACGCUAUUGUACCAGUUACAGUUUAUGGUGAUAAGCCAAAAAAAAAGAAGAGUGAAGCUGAACGUAAUUUUGAUAUAAUUAGAUAUCUAUACAACCGCAGUGGCCCUUUAGCAUACAUUAGCUCUCCAGGCAUUGCUGCUUUGUAUACCGAUGACCCCAAUUUACCAUAUCCUAAAUUCCAAUCUUUUCUUAUCUUAUAUGAAAAAAAUACAUCCUCGGUUCGCGAAGCCUUUGAAAAACGCGGUUAUAAGCAAUCCGUCGUAAAUUCUAUUUCAAAGCUAAAUACUAACCACGCUCUGUAUCAUUUCGCGAUAACACUUUUGCAUCCACAUUCAAAAGGUUACAUUCGGUUACGUUCUAAUAAUCCUAAAGAUCCUCCCCUAAUUUACACCAACUAUUUUAGCGAUCCAAGAGAUCUGAGAUCAUGCGUACGCGGUGUCAAAAUGCUAACGAAAAUCACAAGAACAACAUAUUUUAAAUCUAUAAAUGGGUUUCUCGGUCGUAUUAAUUUGGAGCCGUGUAAUGGUUAUGAAUUGGACAGUGCUGAAUAUUGGAAAUGUAUAUGUUUGAAUCUGGUAACGACUGUAUACCAUCCGGUUGGUACUUGUAAAAUGGGCGUAGAACCAAAGACUUCAGUUGUGAGUAGUCGUUUGAAAGUCUUCGGUGUUGCUAAGCUUCGAAUUAUAGACGCUAGCGUAAUGCCGAAUGAAAUUAGUGGAAAUACAAACGCUGCUUGUGCUAUGAUCGGAGAAAGAGGAGCUGCAAUCGUAAAGGAAGAUUACUCAAAGGAAAAGCAGUACUCAAUAUAAAAAAAACAAUGGCUAAACCUUGCAAUGUAGUAGAUAUAGUUCAUUUUACAUAGUUUAAAUAAUUGUCAAAUAUAGAACAACAAUAAAAAAAUAUGUUAAUGCA